AUGAUCGUGGACUCCAGAGCCAGACUGCCAGAGCUGGGCCUCCAGAAGAGAGGAUGUUGUCUAGUGCUGGGCUACAUGGCCAAGGACAAGUUUCGGAGAAUGAAUGAAGGUCAAAUGUACUCCUUUAGCCAGCAGCCUCAGGACGAGGUGGUGGUGUCCGGGCAGCCAGUGACACUGCUGUGCGCCAUACCCGAAUAUGAUGGCUUUGUUCUGUGGAUCAAGGAUGGCCUAGCACUAGGCGUGGGCAGAGACCUUUCAAGUUACCCACAGUAUCUGGUGGUAGGGAACCACCUGUCAGGGGAACAUCACCUGAAGAUUCUGCGGGCCGAACUGCAAGAUGAUGCGGUGUACGAAUGCCAGGCCAUCCAGGCAGCCAUCCGCUCCCGCCCCGCACGGCUCACUGUCCUGGUGCCUCCCGAUGACCCCGUCAUCCUAGGGGGGCCCGUGAUCAGCCUGCGGGCAGGAGACCCCCUCAACCUCACCUGCCACGCCAACAAUGCCAAGCCUGCAGCUUCCAUCGUCUGGUUGCAAAAAGGAGAGGUUAUCAACGGAGCCACCUACUCCAAGACUCUGCUUCGAGACGGCAAGCGGGAGAGCAUAGUGAGCACCCUCUUCAUCUCCCCUGGGGACGUGGAGAACGGGCAGCGCAUCGUGUGCCGCGCCACCAACAAAGCCCUCCCCGGUGGGAAGGAGACGUCUGUCACCAUCGACAUCCAGCAUCCCCCUCUUGUCAACCUAUCUGUGGAGCCCCAGCCGGUGUUAGAGGACAACGAUGUCACGUUCCACUGCUCGGCCAAGGCCAACCCUGCGGUCACCCAGUACAGGUGGGCCAAAAAAGGCCACAUCAUCCGGGAGGCGUCGGGAGAGGUGUAUCGAACCACAGCAGACUACACGUACUUCACCGAGCCUGUGUCCUGCGAGGUCACCAACGCCCUGGGCAGCACCAACACCAGCCGCACGGUGGACGUCUACUUUGGGCCCCGGAUGACCACUGAGCCCCAAUCGCUGUUGGUGGACCUGGGAUCUGAUGCUGUCUUCAGCUGCGCCUGGAUUGGCAACCCUUCUCUGACCAUCGUCUGGAUGAAGCGGGGCUCUGGCGUGGUCCUGAGCAAUGAAAAAACCCUGACCCUCAAAACCGUGCGUCAGGAGGAUGCUGGGAAGUACGUGUGCCGAGCAGUGGUUCCCCGGGUGGGGGCCGGGGAGAGAGAGGUGAUGCUGACAGUCAAUGGGCCCCCCAUCAUCUCCAGCACCCAGACCCAGCACGCCCUCCACGGGGAGAAGGGCCAGAUCAAAUGCUUCAUCCGGAGCACGCCGCCGCCAGACCGAAUCGCCUGGUCCUGGAAGGAGAACGUGCUGGAGUCAGGCACCUCAGGGCGCUACACAGUGGAGACGGUCAGCACCGAGGAGGGCGUAAUUUCCACCCUGACCAUCAGCAACAUUGUGCGGGCCGACUUUCAGACCAUCUACAACUGCACUGCGUGGAACAGCUUCGGCUCUGACACGGAGAUCAUCCGGCUCAAGGAACAAGGUUCAGAAAUGAAGUCGGGAGCCGGGCUGGAAGCAGAGUCUGUGCCCAUGGCCGUCAUCAUUGGGGUGGCCGUCGGAGCCGGCGUGGCCUUCCUUGUCCUCCUGGCGACCAUCGUGGCCUUCUGCUGUGCCCGCUCCCAGAGAAAUCUUAAAGGUGUUGUAUCAGCCAAAAAUGAUAUCCGGGUGGAGAUUGUCCACAAGGAGCCUGCCUCUGGCCGGGAGGCAGAAGAGCACCCCACUAUCAAGCAACUGAUGAUGGACCGGGGUGAAUUCCAACAAGAUUCUGUGCUGAAGCAGCUGGAGGUCCUCAAAGAAGAGGAGAAGGAGUUCCAGAACCUGAAGGACCCCACCAACGGCUACUACAGCGUCAACACCUUUAAAGAGCACCACUCGACGCCCACCAUCUCCCUGUCCAGCUGCCAGCCAGACCUGCGCCCCGCGGGCAAGCAACGCGUGCCCACCGGCAUGUCCUUCACCAACAUCUACAGCACCCUGAGUGGCCAGAGCCGCCUGUACGACUACGGACAGAGGUUCGUGCUGGGCAUGGGCAGCUCGUCCAUCGAGCUCUGCGAGCGGGAGUUCCAGAGGGGCUCCCUCAGCGACAGCAGCUCCUUCCUGGACACGCAGUGCGACAGCAGCGUCAGCAGCAGCGGCAAGCAGGACGGCUACGUGCAAUUUGACAAGGCCAGCAAGGCCUCUGCCUCGUCCUCCCACCACUCCCAGUCCUCUUCCCAGAACUCUGACCCCAGCCGGCCCCUGCAGCGGCGGAUGCAGACUCACGUCUGAGGCUCUCGGGCCGGGGGAGGGACGGACUGUGGCAGCCCGGGAAGAGGCGGUGGCGUGAUGGGUCGCGACAGCCCCUGGGCGCCUGGGCCAUCACCCAUCACCCUCCUUCCAAACCCUUAGGAAGCACAAACGGAGGCCGGCUGCGGGGCACCUGAGCAGUCCACGGCGGAUGCCGCAGAGGGCACUGUGCCCCUCCACUACCUGCUCCUCCCACGGCACGCGUGGCAGCGAGAACUCUGCUCUAAUGGAACUGCCGUCCACUCUCCGGUCUCUCCGUGGGCUCGCCCGUUACUGCCCAUAAGCCCACCCCUGUGCAGAUGCUCCUAACUAACUCCAAAGAGAAGGGGUUAGGGGCAAUGUUCUUCCCAGCACGGAGCUGGCCCAGGGACCCCAGCUCCCCAGAGCCCAUCGCUGGAGUCUGAGAAGCCAGAAAAGGACUUGGCCAAAGGGGUUUGAGGGGGUGGGACAUCCCUGGCCACUCGGGCCAGGAGCCUGCCCUCACCUUGUUUGAUGUGGAUGUGUAGCCUCUUGCAGUUCGGUCCUUGGACUUAAUGCCUCAGAACUCCGAAGUGGUGCUCAGAGGGAUGUGGGAGAGGAAGGAGGCGGGCGAGACUGAGCACUUGGGGACACUUGGCCCAGCAUCCCCCUCCCUAGUCUGUGUGAUGCAGUGUUCCCACCCACCCCUGCUUUGUGUACCCCGCUCUGGCCCCACAGCACAACCGGCGUUAAUAUAAGAAGUGUGAGGGCGUUAA